UUUUCCACGAAAUAAAACGGUAAGAAAUUAGAGCGCUCAAAGGAGUCGUUAUCACAAACAGCUCAAAAAUCCAUUUGCUUAGAUCAGAACUUCCGAAUCAAAACCCUAAUCCAAGUUCCGUUCUGAUCAACCCAACGGCUGGUCUCGUCUGGUUAGAGCGAUUGUCACACGCCAUAGUUUUGUUCUUCGGAGAAGAGAGAGAGAGAAGGGCUCAACGUCUCAUUCCUCUCUGUUUAAGGAAGGAGAGUGUCAUUAUUAACGCCUUUGUUGACUGUGAAGUGAAUAACACUGUAUGCCUUUGUGAUCGUUGGGAGCUCAACACAAUGUCAUGCUCAUCUGCAAGUAAUCUUUGGCUUCCCUGUUAUCAAUCUCCAUUUUUCUCAAAGCACAGCAAUACUGUUCUGGCAAUUUCUCAUGGGAGUGGAGAAGGGGUAUGUUGCUUGCGAGGUCAUCGUCAUCAUAGUUUAUGGGUAAAACCCAUGAUCCAAGUAACACCAUAUCAUGUGCCUUCCCACCUGCUUUCUUGGAGAUCUUGCCAUGCUAAAGGUGAAAAUUCAGAGGGUGCUUGGAGUGGUGAGAGCAUUGUCUUGGAUGAGCAAACAUUAGAACGGGACCUUCAGAUAGCCAUCGAGGAAGAAAACUAUGCUCGAGCAGCGAAAAUCAGGGAUAGCCUCCGGCGGCUUCAUGAGAACAGCAAGGCAUCUGUUUUAGCAGCAAAUAAUCGGUUCUACAAUUCGUUCAAGAAAGGAGAUAUGGCUGCCAUGCAAGCCCUGUGGGCAAAAGGGGAUCAUGUGUGUGUUGUGCAUCCUGGUGUCGGUGGGAUAUCUGGUUAUGAUCUAGUCAUGGGAAGCUGGGAGUUUGUGUGGGCAGACUAUGAAUUCCCAUUUGAGAUCGAGAUAAAAGAUGCUCAAGUUCAUGUCAGAGGUGAUCUUGGGUACGUGACAUGCAUUGAAGUGGUUAAGACCAAAGGCAGCAGUUGGGGGAAACAGUUUGUGACAAACGUAUUUGAGAAGGUUGAUGGUCAAUGGUUUAUUUGCGUCCAUCAUGCUUCACAUAUUGACUUGUGAAACAGAUUAAUUGUAAGAUUUGCUGCAUGAAGUUACUUUCUUUAAACGAACAACCCAGUGCACGAGGCUUCCGCUACUCAGUGUAUCGAGUUACUUUCUUCUAUUUGCAAAUAUAUAGUGUUGAGGGAGGUGAUGAGUUCUUUAAUUGGAACAAGGUUUACAUCUAUUUGAGGCAGCAUGAAACGGUCAUCCUGAUGGUGUUUUAACCUCUUCCAACAUUUGCAUGUAGCUGGCAUCGAAACGAAAUUCAGUUUUAGUAGUUACUUUGCUCAAGAGCCUACGACUUGGGAGGUGGAGUUGUGGAGCAAGUUUCUUUGUAACUUUUGUUGCUUAUUUGUAAGUGUAGGCUUAUUAUGUAUUUGAAAUUUUUUAUUUAUAAUAUUUGGUAAAAUUUUAAGUUGGUUGUUUAA